GUAAUGGAAACAUGGUUCAUUGCACUUGUUUCUCUCUGCAUCAUCUUCCUCAUCAGAGCCAUCUUCUCCUCCCUCACCACCACCAACAAAACCACCGCAACCCUCCCUCCCGGUCCACCGCAUAUCCCCAUUAUCACAAGUAUCCUAUGGCUCCGAAAAUCAUCGUCCCAACUCGAACCUUUUAUCAAAACCCUCCACACCAAAUAUGGUCCUAUCAUCACUCUCAAAAUCAGUUACCGACCUUCCAUUUUCAUCUCCGACCAUACUCUCGCCCACCACGCUCUCGUUCAAAACUCAGCCAUCUUCUCUGAUCGCCCUAGAGCUCUUCCCACCGCCAAAAUCAUCUCCAGCAACCAACACAACAUCAGCUCCGCUUUUUAUGGUGCAACAUGGCGUGCCCUCCGUCGAAACCUUGCUUCUGAGAUGCUUCAUCCAUCUAAGAUCAAAUCUUUCUCAGAAAUCCGUAAGUGGGUCCUACACACUCUCAUCAACCGUCUCAAAACUGCAUCCGAAUUGGAAACAGCUGAUUAUAUUAAAGUUAUGCCACACUUCAACUAUGCUAUGUUCUGUUUACUUGUUUUCAUGUGUUUUGGUGAAAGAGUUAAUGAUGAGAAAAUCAGUGAUAUUGAGCGUGUACAAAGGACAAUUCUGUUGAGUGUUAACAAAUUCAAUAUAAUAAAUUUCUGGCCAAAAGUUACUCGGAUUUUGUUUUGCAAACGAUGGGAAGAGUUGUUGAAGUUACGAAAGGAUCAAGAAGAUGUUUUGCUUCCGCUGAUUAGAGCGAGGAAGCAAGUUAAAGAGAGUAGAUUGAACAAUGUUAACCCUGUAGUUUCGUAUGUGGAUACUCUUUUGGAGUUGGAGUUGCCUGAUGAGAAACGGAAAUUGAGUGAAGAUGAAAUGGUUAGUCUUUGUUCAGAGUUUUUGAAUGCUGGGAUAGAUACUACUUCCACGGCUUUGCAAUGGAUUAUGGCAAAUUUGGUGAAGUACCCCGACGUGCAAGGGAGGCUUGUGGACGAGAUUAGGGAGGUGAUGGGUCGUGAUGGAAAUGGAGAGAAGGUGGAAGUGAAAGAGGAAGAUUUGCAGAAACUUUUGUAUCUGAAAUGUGUGGUUUUGGAAGGGUUGAGGCGUCAUCCACCGGGGCAUAAUGUGUUGCCACACGCGGUGACAGAGGAUGUGCUUUUUAACGGUUAUUUGGUGCCUAAAAAUGGGACGGUCAAUUUUAUGGUGGCAGAGAUGGGGUGGGAUCCUCGUGUUUGGGAGGAUCCAAUGGAGUUUAAGCCAGAGAGGUUUUUGAAGGAUGAAACAUUUGACAUUACGGGGAGUAAAGAGAUAAAGAUGAUGCCAUUUGGUGUUGGUAGGAGAAUCUGUCCCGGAUAUAAUUUAGCUUUGCUUCACUUGGAAUAUUUUGUGGCUAAUUUGGUUUGGAAUUUCGAUUGGAAGGUUCCAGAAGGUGGGCAUGUUGAUUUGUCGGAAAAACAAGAAUUCACUGUGGUGAUGAAAAAUCCAUUGCAAGUUCGUAUUUCUCCUAGGAUAUAGUUUAUGUGGUUUAUGUGUAACUAAAACAAAAAAAAAACCUCAAACGAAAAAUACAUAGUUAAUCAAUUAAUCACUCAUAGUUAAUCCUUACCCUUCUUCGAUUCGCUCCUUAUAGGUCACUUCAUGUUCAAAUGAAAUAAAAUAAUUCGACAGAGUCUAACCUCACUGUCAAGUUUCCCAACUUAUCUCAGUCUACAAUUUCAGUUUCAACAGAAAUUU